AAUAACAAUGAAAAAAGGAAAACUGCAUAUUGGGGUCCCAGGAAUGUAAUCUUAAAAUCUACAUAUGCACACUAUGAUUACUUUCAAUUACUCUGUUACUGGUCGUCUAACGGCCUUACGCCACUCCAAAAAGAGCCGUGUGUUAUUUGAUAACUCAGUACAUGACUUAAGAUGUUGAAAUAUCAUUACGAAAUAAGUUUACUAAUCUCAGUCUAAGCUGCAGAACAUGAAAAAAUCUUUCAUUCCUAUUUUGGCCUCAAAACACGUGCGUUUAUUAUCCAAUUUUAUACUUCGGUUAUUUGCACGAGAUGUUUCGGUCAAUUAAUUUUGUUAGGCAAUUUGCGGGUGUUUGUUUCUCAGAAGCUUCGACCGUUGCUGGAAUUUCACCCAGGGUUCGAGAGUUCAGAGAAAAAUUAAGCGAAAAUGUUGGAAAGAAUAUGCUGAACGAUUCCUUUGGCCGCCAUCACAAUUAUUUAAGAAUCUCACUAACCGAACGCUGCAAUCUUCGAUGUAGGUACUGUAUGCCAGCAGAAGGUGUUAAACUUACUCCAAGAGAUGGUAUCCUGACAACAGACGAAAUAAUUCAAAUAGCAGAUCUUUUUGUUAAAGAAGGUGUCGAAAAGAUUCGUUUGACUGGAGGAGAACCGACAGUCAGAAAAGACCUUGUUGAUAUUAUUGCUCAAUUGAAACAACUGGAUGGCUUAAAGAGCAUUGCGAUAACAACAAAUGGUUUAACUUUAAUUCGACAACUUCCAUCACUUCAAAGAGCUGGUUUAGACUCUCUAAAUAUCUCUCUAGACACUCUCAAAGAGAAAAGAUUCGAGCAAUUUACUAGGAGAAGAGGCUGGGCGAGAGUAAUAGCUGCUAUCGAUUUGGCAGUUCAAUUGGAAUUCAAUCCAGUUAAAGUGAAUUGCGUCGUGAUGAGAGGUUUCAACGAUGACGAACUCGUAGAUUUCGUCAACUUUACAAAAGACAAACCAAUCGAUGUUCGGUUUAUCGAGUACAUGCCAUUUUCUGGAAAUGAAUGGAAAGAGAACAAAAUGGUUUCAUACGACGAAAUGGUCACAAUUAUCAGAAAAAAACAUCCGGAAUUUCAGAAAAUUUCGGAUAAACCUAACGAUACAUCUAAGGCGUUCAAAGUUCCUGGUUUUCAAGGCCAAGUUGGAUUUAUUACCUCCAUGAGUCAAAAUUUCUGUUCCUCGUGUAAUCGACUAAGAAUCACGGCUGAUGGAAACUUAAAAGUCUGUUUAUUCGAGGGAAAAGGUGAAGUUUCUUUAAGAGAUGCAAUCAGAAGUGGUGCAUCUGAAGACGAUUUAAAAAAAUUAAUAAGCGACACUGUUCUCAAGAAGAAAAAACAACACGCAGGAAUGAUCAACCUGAGCCACAUGGAAAACCGACCAAUGAUCCUCAUCGCUCCUGUAAGAAGAAUCCAGUGCAAUAAUAAGAAAAGUAAAAAUAAGAAAACAAAGUCACAAAGAAAAUUAAAAAUAGAGAGACAAAAUAAUUUGUACAUAAAUAAUCUGACAAAGAAAAUGCAUAAUAAUAAAACAAUUAAACUUGAAAGACACUUUCAAGAAUUUCGUAUCGCCUCGAGAAAAUAUUCGACUUUAUCUCACGUCGAUGAAACCGGAAAAGCUAGUAUGGUGGACGUGGGAUCUAAAGAGAUAACUAAACGAGUUGCUAAAGCUCGAGGUUUCAUUUGCGUUGGUAAGACCAUAGGUAAACUUAUCGCAGAAAACUCUAUGAAGAAAGGAGAUGUGCUGGGAAUUGCCCAACUUGCAGGAAUAAUGGCUGCGAAAAAAACCUCGGAUCUUAUCCCUCUUUGUCACCCCUUAUCGCUGAAUUACGUAAAUGUCUCGUUGAAAUUAAAUGAUAAUUUAGAAGGGGUUGAUAUUUUUUCUGAGGUUAGAUGCACUGGACAAACUGGAGUUGAAAUGGAAGCUCUGACGGCUGUGAGUGUCGCUGCUCUUACGAUUUAUGACAUGUGCAAGGCAGCUGGUCCACCAGAUACUAUGAAAAUAUCUGGCGUUCAAUUGGUUUCGAAAUCGGGAGGAAAACGAGAUUUCAUGAGAGAGGAUUUUAGUGGUGAAUCUUAGCAUUAAGUGUUAUUCGUUCAGAAAGAAAUUAUAUGUCUCACAACCAAUUUUCUUUGAUCUGAAGUUUUUUUCUUCUUCAAAAUUUCUGCACCAGGGGUUGUGAGAUCAAGAAUUUAAAGUGUAAUUUAUUAAUGUUAGAAAUUGUUGACUGUUAAAUGCGAAAUUUAUGAAGAUGUACGAAGACUUGAAUAUAUCAAAAGUGAUCAUAUUUAUAUUUAUUAUGUAUUGAAUAGAUGUACAAGAAAAGGUUGUAAAGACCAACAGUACAAACAUGAACUUUUUAUUAUAUUUUAUUUUACAAAGAGCACUUAUUUUGUUACAAAAUUUUUGUCACUGUACAUGUACAAACAUUCCGAUUACAGAAAUGUGAACUGCAUUAUUAGGACACAUUUGCUCAAAAAUGUAUACAAUUUCUUAGAAUACAUUUAACGUAUACUGUAAACAUUUUACAAUAAUGUAUUCUUCAUUUGUAAUAAAAAUAAUUUCAAAUAAAAA